ACAAUCAAAAACCGUUGAGGAGUUAUUUAAUCAGUAAACUAAAAUUGUAAAUGAAAGAACACGAGAAAAUAACUGGAAUGAAUUAGUUAAAAUGCAAAUAGUCAGUGCUCAACUCCGCCACGUGCGAUCGAUUAGUUGUUAACAUAUUAAAUCCCGGUUUAAUUAUAACCAAUAAAUUCGUGCCCAACGACCACCUGUUGAUUACUCACCCACCACGUACAAAACAAUGCAGGCUCCUUGGAAGAAGCUAGAAAACGAAACCGGAUUUCCGUUUUAUUUCAACGAUAUCACCCAACAAAAACAGUGGGACCAUCCAAAAUUUAUCGAAAUUAAACAUGUGAUCGAUGAUUGCAACUAUGUUAAAUAUUCCAAAUACAGAGCCGCUCUCAAAUUCCGAGCGUUACAGAAAAUUUUGUUUAUGGAGGAUGUUACUCUAAGCACUGUUCUAGGAGUGUUUGCUAAGCAUCAACUUGGAACCAAUGAGAGCUCACUUUGCUUAGAAAGCUAUGACUUAGAGGCCGUUUUGUUUGAUAUUUAUUUUGCUGCGUCAAAGCAAAAUAAUAAAAGUUUCGAUGUGGAUUUUGCUGUGGAGUUGAUGCAAAAUUUUCUGUAUAAUAUUUAUGACAAAGAAAGGCAAGUCAAACUGCAAGUGUCUUCAACCAAGCUAGCUUUAGCUUUGUUGUUGGAUUGUGAAUUAUCCGAAUUACACAAUUUGAUUUUUUCAUUGUGUGCUGACCACAAUAGUUGUGUGACAAGAUUGAGGCUGCAGUCACUUCUGGCAAAACUUGUAGACGUUUUUGUUUUUAUGCAUGAAGAUGUCAGUUUUGGACAACACUUGAUCAAUUCAACUAUAGAAAAUUGCUUCAGCAAUUCUCCUGGAUUAGUGGGUCUAUGUGAAAACAAUUUUAUUGCUUGGCUAGAAGAAGCACCACAGUUAUUUUCGUGGAUUCCGGUAUUGUAUAGAAUUAAAUCAUCUGAAUUGGUUAUACAUAGUACAAAAUGUUCAACUUGUAAAGCCAGUCCAUUAUUUGGCCUAAUGUACAGAUGCAUGAAGUGUUCUAAGUAUACACAGUGCCAACGUUGUUUUCUGACGGGACGCUACAAUAAUUCACAUAAGCUCUCUCACUCAAUGAGAGAAUAUUGCACGUCAGAGGCUACUUCUAAAGAAUUCAAUUUUAAAUUUAUUAAAAAGUUGUGCGGACUGAUGCCAUGUUCUGUAAAAUUAAAUGAGACUGAUAAUGGUGUUGUUGCUACAAAGUUCCCUAGUCCCGACAAAAACUUUUUACAAAAAUCUUCAAAUGGUGGUUUGUUUGGUGUUGAAUCGGCUGGGAACCCCCCACAUACACAGCUGCAACUUAUCAUACGACAGUUAGAACUACAAAAUCGGGAAUUACACAAAAUCCUUUUUGGUGCUUACAACGAAAAAGAAAUACGAAAACAUCUAGAAGAACACAAAGUCGAAGUGGCUGCACAAAUCCACAAGUUGAAAAUUUUGAGAGAAUGCUUACACUCGGGUGUACAGGCGCCACCCAAAAAUUCACUCGAGUCGACACCCAUGGUGGGGAUUUUUAAGUAUCCUAAAAGAUCGGAUCUGGAAAAUAUGCUUAGUCCUAUAAUACAAACUUCAGAGUGCAAUGAAAAAUCAGGAAGUCAGCAAGCUCUAUUCACUUGUGGUAAUAUUAAAGAGGUUACUCAAGAGUCUUUGCCCUAUUCAGUGAAUGAUAUAAGUACGUGGAUUAAGAAUCAGCCAACGAGUUCCAAAGGUGAUAUGGAAGCUGUGGUGAGAAAUUCACCAGUUAGGGAGUUACACAACGACUUGGACGAUGCUUUGGCGAAGUUGCAACAAAUUUUAGCGAAUAAUUUUACUUUAGAUGAAUCUCUUGGGACUAUUGACAACGAUCAUCUGAAACAUGCCGUGUCUGAAGUUGAAGGUAUGCUAACUUCAUUUAUAGACAAUGUAGAGAGUAGUAGGGCAAGUUCCGUCCAACCCUUCAAACAAGCAUGAGACUGAUUUUCUGUGCACGCAAUAUUUAUAUUAUUGUGGCAAUGAUUUGACCAAAAAUAUUUUUAUAGCAAUUUUAUCAUGAUGCGAAAUAUAGUUUAUUUAUAAGAUUUUUACAAAUGCGGCAAAUAUAUGAGAAAGCAUAAAUAAAACCACGAUAAAA